CUUGCACCCGGAAAUGGGAAAGUAAACAUCCAGGCUGCGUUAAAGGCUCGAACUUCCAGCGCUCUUGUAGUUUUUUGAGCGUUUAUGUUUUUGUUUUUGUAAUAAUUUCAACCAAGCGGGCCAGUUAAAUUAACAUCCCUCGUGUUUUUUUUAGACCAGUGAGCGUUGGUUCGACGGCUACUCGUGGUCCAAAAAGCAGUUAGCAUCGUCGCUAAUGAUCCAGGAUGUCUGCAGACGGGGAUCAGUCUCUGCCUCUGGUCCGCUCCCUCAACACUCGCAUCCCCAUCACUGUUGUCUUCUGUAACCGCAGUGCCCGCCUGGUGCAGCCGCUGUGGAUAGACUUCCGCGGGGAGCCGCGGCCGUACAACGACUUGCAGCCGAGAACCGGACGAAGAGUGACAACUUACGUCGGUCAUCCAUGGAUGUUUAAAGAUGCAGAAAGCGAUGACCUGUUGCGGGUGAAUGGUAAAGAGCUGUUCCUACCUGCUUUAGCAGGUGGUGGAAGCCCUGCGUUUGUAAAUAUCACCUUACCAGUUUACAGCCUCAAGGACCGCGCCCUUCAGGUGAUCCGACGCCUGGUACGACCGGGGGACUACGGCAGCUUGGAAAUAGCGCGGAGUCUCGUCGAGGAGCUGGGGGAUCCGCCCAGUUUGGCGAAGAGUCUACGGCGCUUGAAUCAUCGAGUAGAGCGGCAUUUAAUAGAGAGAAUCCAAGGACACGGGGAGUGAGUCACAGGGAGACUCUCCGACUCUGGAGAAUCGGAGACGCAACGACGCGGCAGAUCAAGACUGAACUGGUCAGCUACAUUUCCUCUCUCUACUUGGAACUGAAUGAGAUCAAUAUGGCUUUUCUAGGCACUCCAAAUUGAUUGUCGACCCUCAGGAAAAUAUCCCUGUAGCCUCUUGAGCGCUGCGUAGUGGCCCGUCAGUACACUUCAAAGUGUAUAUUAUAUACACUGCACACUCAGUUCCUGACGGGGCGUAUUUCGACAGUGUCGUGCUAUUACUGUUGUUGUGCACUUACCGGAAAAUACUUCUUCUCUCCUUUUGAAUUGUGAACUUCAACCACUCGAGUUAGUCCCUCCCCUUCCGCCACUCAGCCGAGAUGGCGACUAUUGAGGGAGGUUGGGCUCCACUCACAAUUUGGGGCGUAUUAAGUACAACAUGCGCGUACUUCCCAGUGUGAACGCACUUAUGCACUCAAAAUGAGACUAAAUUGUGACAGAAUACAUAUUUGUGGUGGGGGAACCUAAAUAAAUAAUGUUUUUCAUGGCAUUUUAAGAGUGUGCGUAGAUGUUCUUAGCUGAUGUAUGUGACAAUGGAACAUAUGUUUUUAGCCACUCGGUAAAUAGAAACUACUGUUUUGUUUUGUUUUGUCUCAUGAAAAAUCUAAAUUUUGACUUUACAGAUAAAACUUACGAAAUUACAUCUGGUUAUUACCUGUGGAAAACGGCUUGCUGGCAAAAAUGUGUACGUAGUUGGUGUAGCGCAUGUCACAUGACCAACGUAAGAUCCGACGAAAACAUCUGGUUUUGCGGGCUAGCAUUAGCUUAUAGCUAUGGAUUGACCUCACUUUGCUUUCAAAGCAUUAGAAGGAAGACUAUUGAAGGAGGUUGAGCUCCACUCACAAUUUGGGGCGUAUUAAGUAGAACAUGCGCUUACUUAUGCACUCAAAAUGAGACUAAAUUGUGACAGAAUACGUAUUUGUGGUGGGGGAACCUAAAUAAAUAGUGUUUUUCAUGGCAUUUUAAGAGUGUGCGUAGAUGUUCUUAGCUGAUGUAUGUGACAAUGGAACAUAUGUUUUUAGCCACUCUGUAAAUAGAAACUACUGUUUUGUUUUGUUUUUGUCUUAUGAAAAAUCUAAAUUUUGACUUUACAGAUAAAACAUAAGAAAUUAAAUCUGGUUAUUACCUGUGCAAAACGGCUUGCUGGCAAAAAUGUGUACGUAGUUGGUGUAGCGCAUGUCACAUGACCACCGUAAGAUCCGACGAAAACAUCUGGUUUUGCGGGCUAGCAUUAGCUUAUAGCUAUGGAUUGACCUCACUUUGCUUUCAAAGCAUUAGAAGGAAGACUAUUGAAGGAGGUUGGGCUCCACUCACAACUUGGGGCGUAUUAAGUAGAACAUGCGCAUACUUCCCAGUGUGAAAGCACGUGUGCACUCAAAAUGAUACUAAAUUGUAACAGAAUACAUAUUUGUGGUGGGGGAACCUAAGUAAAUAAUGUUUUUCAUGGCAUAUUAAGAGUCUGCGUAGAUGUUCUUAGCUGAUGUAUGUGACAAUGGAACAUAUGUUUUUAGCCACUCUGUAAAUAAAACUACUGUUUCAUUUUUUUUGUCUUAUGAAAAAUCUAAAUUUUGACUUUACAGAUAAAACUUACGAAAUUAAAUCUGGUUAUUACCUGUGCAAAACGGCUUGCUGGCAGAAAUGUGUACGUAGUUGGUGUAGCGCAUGUCACAUGACCACCGUAAGAUCCGACGAAAACAUCUGGUUUUGCGGGCUAGCAUUAGCUUAUAGCUAUGGAUUGACCUCACUUUGCUUUCAAAGUAUUGGAAGGAAGACUAUUGAAGGAGGUUGGGCUCCACUCACAAUUUGGGGCAUGUUAAGUAGAAAACGCGCAUACUUCCCAGUGUGAACUCACUUAUGCACUCAAAAUGAUACUAAAUUGUGACAGAAUACGUAUUUGUGGUGGGGGAACCUAAGUAAAUAAUGUUUUUCAUGGCAUAUUAAGAGUGUGCGUAGAUGUUCUUAGGUGAUGUAUGUGACAAUGGAACAUAUGUUUUUAGCCACUCGGUAAAUAGAAACUACUGUU